AUGGCUGCUCCUUUGCUGGAUUUUUCCAGCUUCCACAAUGUCAUCAACAAUGAGUUGACCUCCACGGCUAUCACUCGUCACAGCAUCAACCCCGCCAACUUACAGCCAAACCCUGAAGUCCCAGUCUCAACCCAAGAGGACCUCGACCGAGCAGUCCAAGCUGCUCGUCAGGCAUUCAGCAAAUGGUCCAAGACAUCUAUUGCCGAGCGCCGAGCCGCAAUGGAUGCCUACGCCUCCGCUAUCGAAGCCAAUGUCGAUGGAUUUGCCAAGACACUCACCAUGGAACAGGGAAAACCUUUGGCUCAGGCGACAACCGAAGUCGGCAUGGCCUCUGUUUGGGUUCGUGGAAUCAGUGCGCUUGAACUACCCGUCAAUGUCAUUGAAGAAACCAAGGAGCGGAAAGUCAUCCAGCGUUAUACCCCGAUGGGUGUUGUUGGUGCCAUUGUACCAUGGAAUUUCCCUGUGCUCCUAGCGAUCGGAAAGGUUGCUCAGGCUGUGUAUACGGGUAACGCUAUCAUCAUGAAGCCCUCUCCUUUCACACCUUACUGUGACCUCAAGCUAGCUGAGCUAGCGACUCAUUUCUUCCCUCCUGGUGUGGUGCAAUGUCUCAGUGGAGACGACUCACUGGGUCCUAUGGUCACCGAACAUUCUGGUAUUGAUAAGAUCUCCUUUACUGGUUCGAUUGCGACAGGUAGGCUGGUUAUGGCCAGCUGUGCCAAAACUCUCAAGCGAGUAACUCUGGAGUUGGGUGGAAAUGACCCUGCAAUCAUUUGUGAGGAUGUUGACAUCGAUGCGAUUAUUCCCAAGAUUGCCGUUCUGUCUUAUCUAUGCAGUUCCCAAAUCUGCAUGAUGAUUAAGCGACUCUAUGUGCACGAAAAAAUCUAUGACACUUUCUUGGAGAAAUUCGUUGCCUUUGUGAAGGAAUUCAAGGUCGGCGCGGGUACAGAAGCGGACGUCUUCAUCGGUCCUGUACAGAACAAGAUGCAGUUCGACAAGGCCAAGGAGCUCCUUAGCACAAUCUCCAAUGAUAACAUCAAGACCGCCUUGGGAGGAAGCAUCCAAGAAUCUGCUGGGUACUUCAUUCAUCCAACUAUUCUUGAUAACCCCCCCGAGGACUCCCGGGUGGUUCAAGAAGAGCCUUUUGCUCCUAUUCUACCAAUCAUGAAGUGGUCCGACGAAGACGAUGUUCUUGCCAAAGCAAAUGCUUUGGAGACAGGACUAGGCUCAUCGGUCUGGAGCAAGGACAUGGAGCGUGCUAGUCGCAUGGCUGAUCAGUUGGAAUCCGGUAUGGUCUGGGUCAACUCCCACUUCCAGGUCGAUCCCAGAGCUCCCUUUGGCGGUCACAAGCAAAGUGGCAUGGGAGUCGAAUGGGGGUUGACUGGUCUCUUGGGCUACUGUAACUCCCAAACCCAGUGGUUCAACCAGAGCCAAUAA